GUGAUCUUAUCCCUAGUUACCCUAAUCCUCCACCCCCUCACUAUAAUCGUACCCGUCCUCCUGGCCGUGGCAUUCCUCACCCUACUAGAACGAAAAACUAUUAGUUACAUGCAGCUGCGAAAAGGCCCAAAUAUCGUUGGACCCUACGGACUACUUCAACCAAUCGCCGAUGGCAUCAAGCUAUUUAUUAAGGAACCCAUUCGCCCUUCCACAGCAUCUCCCCUAAUAUUUAUUUUAGCACCAGUACUAGCACUUACCCUCGCCCUGGCCCUCUGACUCCCAAUACCUCUCCCCUACCCAAUCAUUGACCUCAACCUAGGAAUUCUCUUUGUCCUUGCACUUUCUAGCCUAGCUGUUUACUCAAUUCUAGGAGCAGGAUGAGCUUCAAAUUCAAAAUACGCCCUCAUUGGGGCCUUACGAGCCGUGGCACAAACCAUCUCCUACGAAGUAAAUCUAGGACUUAUCCUAAUCUCCGUCACCAUUAUUGUUGGGGAAUUUACACUACAAACUUUCGCCACAUCCCAAGAAAGUACAUGAAUAAUUUUACCUCUCUGACCCUUAGCUGCGAUAUGGUUUAUUUCAACGCUAGCAGAAACCAACCGUGCACCCUUUGAUCUAACUGAAGGAGAAUCAGAACUAGUUUCAGGAUUUAACGUCGAGUAUGCAGGAGGGCCUUUUGCCCUGUUUUUUCUUGCCGAAUACUCUAACAUCCUCCUAAUAAACACCCUAUCCGUUAUUUUGUUCCUAGGGGCCUCCCACAAUCCCGCCCUCCCUGAACUAACCACUAUUAACAUUAUGGUUAAAGCAGCCUUCUUAUCCGUCGUCUUUCUCUGGGUUCGAGCAUCCUUCCCCCGAUUCCGUUAUGACCAGUUAAUGCAUCUAACCUGAAAAAACUUCCUUCCCCUAACAUUAGCCAUAGUUAUUUGGAAUCUAGCUAUUCCCACUGCAUUCGCCGGCUUACCCCCGCAGCUCUAA